AUGUCUAGUCCAAACGAAAACGGGUUGGCCCAUCAUCUGCUCUCUCUGGGCCCCACUCGUCAGCCGAUUCCACCAACGCGUCACAACCCAACUGCGCCCCCAUCCCCUCCUCUGCCACCAGACGAGAGGCACGGCGAAGCUUCGCCGGCCGCCAUGUCGCCGCCGUCGCUCUGCGCCGCCCCUCCCCGCGCCGGCCCGCCCCCGCCCCCUCUCCUGCGCCUCCGCCGCCGCGCGGCCUCCUCCGUCGCCGCGUCGCGCGCGGCGGCCCCGUCCGUCUCCGACGACCUGGUCCUCCGCAUCGCGGAGCAGCUGGAGGACGCGGCGCCGUCCUCGCCGCUGCUCGACCCGCUGCGCUCCGCCUCCGCGCUCUCCCUCCUCACCACGCCCUGGCCCACCCGCCGCUCCAACGAGGCCUUCCGCUUCACCGACAUCUCCUACCUCCGCUCGCUCCCCAUCUCGACGCCCACCCGGACCCCCGGCCUCGCGCCGCCGCCGCCGCCCUCCGACCUGGAGUCGCACGUCCUCUUCUCCGACGGCCGCCUCGUCGCCGCCUCCGGCGCCCACGUCUCCGCCCUCGCGGACAUGCCCCCCGGCCACGCCAGGGACCGGGCGGCCGCCGCCGUCGCCGCCUCCGCGCGGUUCUCCCACCGGGACAUCUUCUACGACUUCAACGCCGUCGGCGCGAGCGACGUCGCCGUGGUGUACGUGCCCGAGUGGGCCAAGAUGGCCGACGACCCCGUCCACAUCAUGUUCGCCUACAGCGGCAGCGACGGUGCCAGUCUGAUGAUGUCGAACCCCAGGGUUCUGGUGAUUGCGGAGAAGGGGGCGGAGGUCGCCAUCGUCGAGGAGCAUUUCGGGGUUGGGGAAGAGGACGGUGGGUGCUAUUGGGCUAACCCGGUGGUGGACAUCAUCGUGGAGGAGGGUGCUAGAGUGGUUCAUUCCUAUGUGCAGCGACAGUCACCCGCCGCCGCGCAUACCAAGUGGACCACCGUCCAGCAGAAUACAUCUAGUAAAUAUGAGUUCGUUGAGGUCAGCACCGGAGCAAGACUGAACAGGCACAAUCUUCACAUCCAGCAAUUGGGUCCUGAGACAGAAACAGAACUAUCAACGUUUCACUUAACAUCUCAGAAUAAGCAGAUUCAUGAUCUGCAUAGCAGACUAAUACUUGAUCACCCGAGAGGUUUUUCACGACAGCUCCACAAAUUGAUUGCUUGUGGUACAGGAAAUGGUAUUUUUGAUGGAAAUAUUCAAGUCAACAGGUAUGCGCAGCAAACCGAUGCAGGGCAGCAAACCAAGUGUCUUCUGCUCUCACCAAAGGCUGUCGUGAAUGUGAAGCCAAACCUUCAGAUCAUCGCCGACGAUGUCAAAUGCACGCACGGAGCUGCCAUCAGCGGUGACCUCGACCCGAACGAGCUCUUCUACUUCCAGGCGAGAGGCGUCGACGCCAAAACGGCGACCGACGCCCUGCUUUUCUCGUUUGGAGCCCAGGUGAUAAACCGCAUCCCGUUUAAGGCCAUCGAGAAGAAGGCUCUAGCACAGCUCAAGGAGUUGCUCGCCGUGUCAAGACAAAACAAUUGACGAGGCCCUGAGGAGCUCUUUGAAGUGGUUCAGCACUGUUUUUGGUCGAGGUGGAAAGAGCAGGGCGGGAAUGCUUGGAAGCUUUGGCAUUGAAGGUGAGCGACUACAACUGCAUAUGUUGGUUGACUGCCGGAGGAAAUACCACUCUAGUCUUUUCUCAGAUUCUGCUUAUUAUUUGUAAAUUACUUGUUUAUCCCUAUCAAUAGCAAGAAUACAUCAAGCAUCUUCGAAAUA